AUGUCGAGCUCCUCCGAAGCGCUCGUCCUCUGCCUUUAUGCAGGAGGCACCAUCGGCAUGGUGCGCAAAGACGCCUCGUCUGGCUUCGCACCUUAUCCCUCGUUCCUCACAGAGACGCUGCGCAGCCAGUCGCGCUUUCACGAUCCGCACGCCGACUCCAUCUUCUCCUGGUCCGAUUCUGUGGACCGAUACAAGGCGUGGAGCGAGGCCUUCACUCGGCCUGGGUCGGGCGCUUCUACCCCGCUCAACGGCAGCAGUAGCAAGGACAACGCUGUCAACUCGAUUCCUGCGGAAGGCGAUCUCGCAAAGGCAGUUGCUGAGAAGAGGGACCAACUCGAGGUCGACGGCGCUUCACAAGCCAACAAGAAGCGCAAGAGCGAGCAUGAUUCCACAGGCAAGAAAGGAUCCCUCACUCCCUCGACGCAGGCUCACCUAGAUCACAUCUAUGCCGACACCGCUUCUCGCUCCCCCUCAGGAGCCGCAUCAUCCGGAUCACCGCCCUUUGGUCAUCCCGUCCUCGUCCGCUCUUCCGCGCCGAAAGGCACAUCCACUCACCAUGCCCACUCGUCCAACCUCUCACCCGAUGGCAAACAUCUCGAGCUCCAACUCCCCACCCUCAUCACACCCCGCUCCGGCGCCAACGGCAAACGCGUCCGCUAUGCCGUCCUCGAAUACGAUCCUCUCCUCGACUCUUCGGAGAUGGACAUCCCCGACUGGAUCCGCCUCGCCUCCGAUAUCUCGCUCAAUUACCAGGCCUUUGACGCCUUCAUCGUCCUCCACGGCACCGACACCAUGGCCUACACCGCGUCGGCGCUCAGCAUGCUGCUCGAGAACCUUGGAAAGUCGGUCAUCGUCACCGGUGCCCAGGUACCGCUGUCAGAGCUGCGGAACGAUGCGAUUGAAAACGUCCUCGGCGCGCUCAUGCUCGCUGGAUCGUACAUCAUUCCAGAGGUGGGGCUGUACUUCGCAUCUACGUUGUAUCGAGGUAAUCGCACAAGCAAAGUGUCAAACAACGCGCUAGCAGCUUUCGACUCGCCCAACAUGGCACCCCUCGCCAGGGUAGGGAUCAACAUCGAAGUCGCCUGGAACCUCGUCGAGCGCUCGAGGAGUGUCAAGAGCUUCCGCGCGCACGAUCGCAUGUCGCCCAACGUGGCAGUUCUCCGUCUCUUUCCAGGGUUGCCGACCAGCACGGUCAAGAGCUUCCUCUCGCCUCCGCUGCAGGGGGUCAUCCUCGAAUCGUAUGGCGCAGGCAACGCUCCUUCACGGCAGGAUCUGCUGGACGUGUUCAAGGAGGCAUCCGAUCGCGGGCUGGUCAUUGUCAACAUUACGCAGUGCGUUCAAGGCGAGGUCUCGGCGAUCUAUGCUGUGGGCAAAAAGCUCGAAGCGGUCGGCGUCGUAGCAGGAGGAGAUAUGACGCCCGAGUGCGCGCUUGCCAAGCUCUCGUAUCUGCUAGCCAAAGGACUCGAGCCGGAAGAGAUCCGCGAACUGAUGGGUCGACCACUCCGCGGUGAGCUCACCAGCAGUCGUGGCGGCUCAGGCGGUCAAACCAUCCCACAAGAACUGACACCAGCCGGUCUCGGCCCUAUCAAAGCGGACAUCAAGACGCUCCUCGCGCACAUCCUGCACAAUCCGCAAUCCACCACCACCCUCUCCUCUCCCACCGACACUUCCGGGCCCGCCUCCGCCGCCGGGUGGGACCACUCCUCGCACGAAGUAUCCAAAGCAUCGCUCGCCGUCCUCCCAUACCUCAUCUACGAAGCUGCCUCUCGAAACGACCUCCCGCUCCUCCAAUGGCAUCUCUACGCGCUUUCUCAGCUGGAGACAAUUCCAACCAUCUCGAUCGACGAAGAGCAUUUCCACCCUGCGACGCUCAACCCCUCCACCUCGAAUGCGAGCGGCGAUGCAGCGUCGACCUCGCACAUCGUCGACAAUGACUCGACGACGCCGCUGGAAAAGAUGCAGCCGUUGCACCUUGCCAGUGCGCGAGGAUAUACGGGGGUGGUGGAGCAGCUGUUGCAGGCCGGGUGCAGCGUUCAUGCGCGGGAGGUGGCGACGGGUCACUCGCCGCUGUUUCUGGCAUGCAAGAAUGGCAAUUUGGCCACGGUGAGACUGUUGCGCAAUGCAGGCGCGCAUUUGAAGGAAGAUGAGGUGGCGCUGGCGAGGUUUUUGGUUCAGAGGCAGGAGGAGAGGAGCAAGGACGACAGCGAAGCGCGCAAAGUGUGGGAGGUGGCAGGCGUGUCUUUUGCUUGA